GGCGGGCCUAAGUGCAGAGAAAACUCCCGCAGGAAACUUACCGUAGUUCCCAGAGGAGAACUGCUUUGGAGUUAAGGGACUAUAAUCAACUUUCCCUCUAAGGGAAGCUGGGAACCUUCUCCCUUGGCUUCGUGAAAACUAAGCUGAAUCUUUUGCCAAACGCCUAUAAAUUAGGUGAAAUGGGCCCCUCGCCCAUGAGGUGACUUCAGCUGCGUCUCUCUCUCCCAACCAGUUAUUUUCCUCUGCGGCUGAUUGGCCUUGGAAAGUGGCCAGAACUCUACCUCCUGCAAGAAAGGGUCCAGGGCUAACUGGUCUAUCUUUCUCUUCCGAGUGAUGGCGCUUACCAUCGUUAUCCUCAGGCUACUCAUCUGCAUCCUGGCAUUUCCCAUGUUCCUGCUGAACUUUCUGGGCUUGUGGAACUGGAUAUGCAAAAAAUGGUUCCCCCACUUCAUGCAGAGGUUCACCGUGAUCUACAACGAGCAGAUGGCAAGCAAGAAGCGGGAGCUCUUCGGCAGCCUGCAGGACUUUGUGGGCCCCUCUGGGAAGCUGUCCCUGCUGGAGGUGGGCUGUGGCACCGGGGCCAACUUCAAGUUCUACCCGCCCGGAUGCCGGGUGACUUGUGUUGACCCCAACCCCAACUUUGAGAAGUUCUUGAUCAAGAGCAUUGCGGAGAACCGACACCUGCAGUUGGAGCGCUUCGUGGUGGCCGCGGGGGAGAACAUGCCGCAGGUGGCCGAUGGCUCUGUGGACGUGGUGGUCUGCACCCUGGUUCUGUGCUCUGUGGAGAGCCAGGAGCGCCUCCUCCAGGAGGUGCGCCGAGUGCUGAGGCCGGGCGGGGCUUUCUAUUUCCUGGAGCAUGUAGCUGCUGAGAGCUCCACCUGGAUUUACUUCUGGCAACAGAUCCUGCAUCCUUCCUGGUACCUGCUGUUUGACGGGUGCCACCUGACUAGAGAGAGCUGGAAGGCGCUGGAGCGGGCGGGCUUCUCUGAGCUCAAGCUGCAGCACUUCUGGGCGCCGCUGUCCUGGGAACUGGUGCGCCCCCACAUCUGUGGCUAUGCCAUCAAGUAGCGGGAGUGGGGAGUAGAGAGCUGAACGGCUCGGCUCGUAGCUUCAGGCUACACUCUGACGCUUCAAAUACUAAUUGGAAGAAAGAAAACUUUUUUUUGUUUUUAAGGUAAAGUUGCAUUUCAUCCUUAAGAAUUUAUAACUUCUUCAGCCAUUUUCUGUUGUCUCCCAGGGAAUCAAAACCAAACCAAAGCAAAACAGGGUUCUCCCUUAAAAGGAAACGCUGGGCUUUCAUAAUUGAAGUUUACCAUUAUCCCCAAACUUUAGUUUAUGGGAUAACUUCAAAAUCCUUC